AGUGCUUCGCGAUCAUUCUAUCUUCAAGUUUAUUUGUAAACAUCAUUUCAUAAGAUGGACGCGUACGAUAGACGACGACAAAGUUGGGAGAAUUUAGAGGUGACCAAGGAAGAAUUGAAGAAUCUAAACGAGUGUCUAAAGAAGGAGGAGUUUCGCAAAUUGUUGAUCGAAUACGCUGAAGAGGUGACUGAUCCCGAGAACAGAAAGAUCUACGAGCAGGAGAUUACACAGUUAGAGAAGGAACGGGGCGUCGACGUAACAUUCGUAAAUCCAGAGCCUGGUUACGUCAUAAAAACUAGCGUGAAUGGAGAUAGGAAAUGUUUUUUAAACAUUAGCAAGAGUGACGUCGUGGCCCGACCUAGCAGUCAACCCUCUUUCGAACAAGGACAUCGAGGUCUCCAAUGGUCUAUUCCUUACACACUGAUACCACCUCGCGAUGAUCUUGAUAAAAAAAAUGUACGAUGCAAGGUCUUCGACGUGGUCUUCCAUCCAGACACUAUUUACCUAGCGUCGAAAAACUCGCGAUUUCGCGAAAUCGUGAACAAUACAGCAAUGGACAGCAUAGAAAAUAAUUUUGAUGUCAAACUAGACAGGAAGAAUCUUAAGUUUCCAAAGAUAAAUUACAAAGGAAUAUGCCAUCCUACUGUGAUCAGAAAGCCAUCCAAGGAGCCACCAAAAAAGAAGCUUGACAUAGAGCCAGAGAUCUACCAGAAGCUGAUGGCCAGCUAUGAUGAGAACAGGAAACAGCAAUUCAACCACAUGGAGCAGAUGCCGAAGCGUCCCUCGCCACCUACUACAUAUUAUAAAGAGAAAAUAGAUAAGAAUGAAGAUACAAAAAGCAAAUAUGUUACACCAAAAUUUUCCAUAAAGCAUCAGUCCGAUGUGGAGCUGGAAGACUUUAGUACUAGUAGAAAUGCAAAAAUGAAUGCGACAGUACCUAAAAGAUUAAUUAUUACUAUAGACCUACCCCUACUGAAAACUGCCACCGACGCUUCCUUAGAUGUACAAGAAUCUUUUUUAAGUAUUAAAAGUGAAAAGCCUGCUAAAUAUUUAUUAGAGCUUCCUCUGCCUUACUGCGUGGAUGCAGACAGAGGUAAUGCGAAGUUCGACCCGAAAAAGACAAAGCUCGUUGUCACACUACCGGUUAUCAGAUCAAUGCCAUCCUUAUCUGAUACCAGAGAGGAUAGUGGAGUUGACAGUGAUCAUGGUAGUCCUGUGCCAUUGUCAGUGGAUGAUUCUCUUAAUCCAAACCAAGAAGAUAGUGAAACUACGUCAAAAUUGGUUGAAGAAUGUGAAACAGUGCUCGCUACCACAAAACUAGAGGAUAAACAUGUGGAUUCAGAAGAUAUCGGUGAUACAGCACUACGGACUAACGCAGAAAAUAUAAACGAAUUUUUAGAUCCUAGCAUUAAGUAUUUACUGCCGACUUUCAUCUGUAAUAUAUAUAAUAAUCAAUUAGCGAUUACCGUGAAUGUGAAGAACGCUGAUCCUAAUUCCAUUCGUCAUAAAAUUUUGCAAAACAAUUUAGGCGUGCACUUUUUAAUAACAUCUAUAGGUGCAGGAUUUUUUCCGCAGCAUUAUUCGUUAUGUUUAAAGAUAGGCGAAAAUUCCGUAGUUCCCUCUCCGCUCACAAUCGAACCGUGGGAUAAUAAUGUUGUAUUUAACAUUACGUUGAAGAAUGCAGAGAAAUUAACGCGAUACUGCGUUGGUAUCGACGAAGAGUUCAUGGAAGAGAAAGAAUUCCCUACUGCCGUCUCUUUCAAGAAUCAACUUAAAGAAUUAGUAGCUCAGGAAGGUACCAAUUACGAAACAGACCAUAGGGUCAGUGUACAAGCUGAAGACGACGGAGUUGUAAUAAAUGUUACUCCGAAUCAUUUGGAUUCAGACGACGAAGCCGAACGGCACAGCACGGGGUCGAUGGAAGAACAAUUAAAUCUCUGUCGCACUAUGUCAAAGACUAGAUCUGUUUCUGAAAGCAGCGGAGACGAGUUAACGUCAAGUAAUAGCGCAUCCUCGGCUACAUACUCGAAAGGUAUCUUAAAGUCGCGGCGCACUCACAAUUUCUCCCGUUCAGUGUCCGAAUCGAGUGCCGAUGAGAACGGGUUGGCUGCCUCGUCUGUAGAUCAUUACGAUUCGACACAAGAUCUAAAUUUUGAAUCAGAUUGUUCUAGUUUAAAGAAAACAGUAAGAUUCAACGACGUGGUGUCCCGACAAUUGUUUAGAUCUAAUUCCAGUAUUCUUGGGCAACGUAAAAAAAAUCAACGUAAACUGCGAAACAAAAGGCGUGCUCACGAACGUAGAAUGAGCGAAAGCGAGAAUUCUGAAACGGAUGAACGUGAUAAGUUUAAAACGAAUCAAAAGGCUACCGAAGCCUCAGAAACUGUAAAACCUAUACUUAAUAAGGAUAAACAAGUGGUACAACAGAAAACUGCCAAUAUCGAAAUCAGAAAAGAAUCGAAUCAUAAUCGUUCCUUCCCAGAAAGGGAGUCUAGUGUCGAGGGAGAAAUCGCGAACGAAAUUCGUUCGGGUAGCCCAGUGGAGAAUGUAAACGACGUGAUUAAAGCAGAGUUUAAGAAUGAUUUAAUAUUCGAUCUCGAUAUGUAGAUUUGAUAGCUCAUCCAGUCAAGGCAUUUUGUAUAUGAUAAUUUAUUUUGGAAAUUGCAUGCCUUCAGAUAAUUCAUUUAUUGAUUAUUCUAGGAAAAUUACUAUUUAGAAAUUGCUCGUGAAGUUAUUUAAAACACGAAAGAAAAUUUGGAAAUUUACUUAUAAUUAUGUGAUAAUUUCUUUGUGAUUAAUGAGUAUGGAAAGGGAGUUAAUUAAGCGGUAAACGCAUGCGAUCAUAAAAUGAUCAUGAAUCGAUGAAUUUAUUAAUUACGUUCGUACUAUUACUAUUCUAUUCGUACUAUUAUCGGUGAUUCUAUGAGAGAAACCAAUUUUUUAGUAUAAGUUGAAAUCGUCUAUAUUGUUUUGCAAGGGCUUAUUGUUUGUUAUAUUUAUAAUGCAUUAGACACAGAUAAGAAUCUCUUUAAAAUUUCUCAUGCGAUCUAUUUAACGUUUUAACUGUCUUUCGUAGGAACUGAAAAGGAAGUCACAUUUCGUAAAACUUCUCAUGGAGAAAUUUUCAAAAUGAAAUAAAAUAGUGCACGUUCUAUUUUAUACAGAAGCAUUCUUAAAAAAUGAAUUUUUACACACAUUUUAUAGAUUAUUGUACGCUUGUUUACACGUAGGAUGCUGCCGAUGAGUGCAUCUUUCUAAUAAUCACGAUAAUGUAAUGUGUGUUACGAUUACGAAAUGUAUCUCCGUUCUGGAGCGCAGAGCGCACUUUCUGUUUUAGAGAAACGUUGGCCAUAUCAUUAUAUACGCAAUAAUAGCAUAAUAUUCCAUGCGAAAAAGGGAAUAGAAAAGUAAAACUUUUCGGUAUUAUUUAUAGACUAAUUCUAUUUACGAUCAUGAAAUUUAAUUCAGCGAUUAUGGCGCGUAUACAAUAUAUUUUAAACGAUUAUAAC